AUGAGUAUUUUUACGCAACGCCUCAACCCCAUUACGGGCCAAAUGGCCUGGGAAAUACAAAGUGAGAAUUACAAUUUUCAUCAAGAAGUCGCGAGAGCUGCUUAUGCUGAUAUGUUACACGAUUAUGAGCGAAACGAAAAGUAUGAAGCAGCUUUGAAAGUGGCGAUUGAUCGAAUGCAUUCGCAAGGAAAGAAAGCGAACGUUUUAGAUAUAGGAACGGGAACAGGUUUGUUAUCUAUGAUGGCUGUAAGACAUGGAGCCGAUAGUGUUGUUGCUUGUGAAGCUUUUAACCCAAUGGGGGAGUGUGCUAAGAAGGUAAUUGAUGAGAAUGGGUUCAGUGGCAAAAUAAAAGUUAUUCCAAAACGAUCCACCGAUAUUAAAAUUGGGGUUGAUAUGGAUUUUAAGGCGAAUAUUUUGGUUACUGAAGUAUUUGAUACUGAAUUAAUAGGAGAGGGUGCUUUUGGUACAUUCAAAAAUGCUCACAAUGAUUUAUUAGAAAAAGAUUGUAUUGUUAUUCCUCAUAAUGCUACAAUGUAUGUUCAAGUUGUUGAAAGUCCUUUUAUUAAUAAUUGGAACCGAUUAAAAGAUGUUUAUGAUGAGGAAGGUGUUUUAUUGUUAACUGUACCUGAGACUGUUAAGAAUUGUAAAGGUACAGCUGCUGUACAUGAUUUACAAUUAAAUAACAUCGAUAAGAAUUAUUUUAAUACCAUAAUAUCACCAAAACCUAUCUCUAAAAGUUGUUUUUCCGAAAUAUUUGUAUGGCAUUAUUGA